UAUGUAUUGAAUGAUAUUGUGUAGUUCAUUAGGCAUCACUGCAGGAACUGAUUCCACGGGUUAUCUGGGAACGAAAUCCUCAAACUCGUCACAAGCGUGCAGUGCGGCUGAAGUGGGAGUGCUGCUGUUACCGUGGGGAGCCAGCCCUGCCCAGGUGAAGGGAGGUGAUCAGAUUGAUGAGACAGGCAAGCGGGAAAGAUGUGCUGGUCCCUAGGAAUGCCCAUUGCGCAGAUAUGCACUGCAGCUCUUCACGGAUUGCAUGCCUCUUGGAAGGGUAUGGAUUACUCCCUAUUGUGUAUAUCCUAUGCUCCACUAUGCACAUGGUCCCUCGACUUGGCUACUUGGGACCCCUAUUAUGUACUUUACAGAGGACCUUUGUGCCACCUCCUCCUCCCUCUCCUUUUUGGAUCUUGGGAAUAAUGAGCGCUAUCUCCGCGACCGUCCGCUUCCCCUCCCCCACCGCUAUGUACUAUGUACUUCGUAACUGUGUAAUCACAGUAGCACCAACGCCACCGUCUCACGUUUGGCGUUUGGCGUGUUGCUGGUUGGCUUCGCAAUCCACAGUCACAAACAACAACAAGAAGUCGUCGUCAGCAGCAAUGCAUGACGACCUCAGUGUAACUGUGGCGCACCGAUGACUCAGCACGCCUAGAGCUGCCCAUUGUGGCACAGUCGCCCUUUGUUCCCCGGCCAGCCCUGGAGACGGAGGUCGCAGUUCUGCUAAGGACCGGGUAAUGAUAUAGUACAGCACACCCGACG